AGACUUGCUGGAGGACUCGAGAAAGAAGAGUGAAGGAUCCGGAGAAUGUAGCAAGAGCGAGAACACGAGAAAGAAGAAAGCGACAGCAAAGACCGAAGAUGGCGAGCAGGAACUGAAGAACUGGAUGGCCACGAGUUUCGGCACGUCUCUCAAGAAGAUCGCCGAUAAGCUGGACGCAGUGGACAAGAAGACCAAGGAAGCCGAUCGCGAGCGCGAGAAGCUUUCAAAAAAGGUCGCCGAACUUGAGUCUGGCCACAAUGAAGAUGCCGGGAGCAAUGAGAAACGGAAACGUGUCGUCGGUGCGAACUCACCCGUACCGGAAAGGCAGAAGUCGAGGUCGCGGUCUCGCAGUGGUGGCAUUCGGAUCCGGCAACCGAGUAUUUUAGUCUCGUCCGAUGAUGAAGGCAAGAAUAGCGCCCCGCAGGUAGCGAAGAUCGAAGGUGAACCAAGUAACCGAUCUGAGGAACCUGUGAAGCUCAACGAUGUCAUGAAGAUGUUGGCAGCAAUAGCCAACAGAGUUAACCUCGAAGAGGCCCCUGGAGCCGAGAAGAAGGGCGAUGUGUCAGAAGCGACGAAGGCCAGCACCGUGCAAAACGAAGAGACCACGGAAGAUAAGAGCGAGGAAUCGGACGAAGAAGCGGAUAAACUACUGGUCAAUAAGGGGCAUGGUAACGUGGGGAGGAACGAGACGGGAAUCAUGGAAUACAUGCGCCAGAGGCUCGAGCAUUACAUGGACAUGAUUGGGAAGAAGGUUAAGAGUCUCUGUACCAAGAGAGGGAUAAAAUGGGAGCAGAAGGACAAGGGAGCAUGGGAAUUGGCCAAACAGGAUACCGAUGAAUUCACGAAGCUGAUCAACGGGGAGGAUGGAGUCGCAGAAACCGAAUCCUGUUCGAAGAAGGAUGGUGGGGGUACGGACGGGGAGGAUUCAGAGGGAGUCCAAGCGAAUUAGAUCCCGUCUAAAUGUGGUCUGACUAGGACACUCCGAAGAAUCUGUGCUGCUAUCCCUUGUUUCGAUGGUCCUUCAAGGGCGGAACUCGAAUGCGCAUUUCGGAUAGGCACUUUGCUUUCUUGCCUGCUUGGCUACAUUAGAUGGGGAUGUACCUAUAACAAGUAUUGGACUGGGUUGGACUGGGACUGCCUCAUCGAUCUGACUAAGGCCCGAUCUUCCGUGUACCUCCUCAUCUCACCGUUUUGUAGACAGGUGUACGUGGGACAGACUGGUAGAACUCUGGCAGAUAGGUGGAGUGAACACACUUAUUCUACCACACGUAACCCGGUAUUCAAAGUGCAUAAAUGGCUGAGCAAGCGUGGAACAGAGUCUUACACGGCUUUCCCGUUGUGGAUAGGGGGGAAGGGUGACCUGCUAAGAAUGGAAAACAUGAUCAUUGAGAACGAGAAUCCGGGACUGAACAGUCGUAAGAUUAAAGCGCGGAAAAGACCGCGGAAGAAUAGGAAGGCAAUAUGCAAGAAUCCCAGGACACCAGACGUAUGGACACCCAUUCUUUUUUCGUCUGAUCUUACGAAUAAUGAAUUGACUGGGAAUCU